AUGCAGUCUGACAGAGAAGCCCCCGAAGCCGGUGGACCCUCGCUUGACCGACCUGAUGGCGAUGACCAUGGUGACUCCGAUUCUAAUACCGGCGACUCUGCCCAGCCACCAACUCCCAAUUCUACUCCACCGGCGGAAGAUACGAAUUCGGAGGACCCGAACUCGGGGGAGAGGGACUCGCUGCAUCGGACCACUCCUGCGAAAGAUGCUGAAUGGACAUACUUGGGCUACCUGAUGGAUAAACCCGAGGAAUGGGCGCUCGCAUUGGAUACCCAGUCUGAGAUCAGUAUCAUGACACCGAAAGUCUUCAACGCAUUAGGCAUACCGAUGCAAGAACUGGACCGCCCAAAAUGCUUAGUUCCAGUACAUCCGAGCCAGCGACGUACCAGAAUCGAACUGAUCGGCAAAGUUGAAGACGUUUACUGGAGAUUCUCUGGAUGCACGAACCGGUACGAUACUAAGUUCUAUGUUGCGGAUCUCGAAGGCUAUAACGUGAUAAUAGGCCAGCCUGCAAUUAAGGCACACCAGCUUGUCAUCUUGGGUCCAGACCUUGCUCCCUCUCCGAUCUGA